AUGCCGCACAUUAUCCUCACCUUGGCAUUACUGCUUCUCGCCACCAUCUCCCACCUCACCCAAGCUCAAGCUCAAGUCACCACAACCUCCGAGCCUAAGAUCCUCACCGAUACCACGGCCUUGCAAGCUCCAACCAACACCCACUCGAGAACCUCCGAACCUCGAACCAACAUCAACACCCACACGACAACCUCCGACCCUCACCCAACAACGACAGCAACCCUCACCGUCCCCUUCUACAUCAACUCCGCCGACGCCUCCGACUUCGGCCCCGUAACUUCCCAAUCCGCCUCCCUAAUCGGGAUCGGCAAUGGAACCACCACCCUCUCCCUCUUCCCCGCAAACUUCAACUCCCUCCGCGAUACCUUCUUCACCACCCUCCUCACCGGCCCCAACAUCUACUGGAAAGCGCUACACGCCAACCCGUUCCUCGUCGACUACCCCAUUGUCAUCACCCAGAACUGCGGCACCCAAUCUGCGGCGUCGAUGGUGUUUUGCGAGGAAUCCUCUUCCAUUGAGGGCUUUCAGUAUGAUGUGGUCAAUACGUAUGCGGGAGGGCAGAUCCAGAGUGUUGCGGUCCUCGUGACAGGCCGGGUGGAGGAAGUCGCUGCUGCUGCUGCUACGAAGGGAGGUGGGAUGGCUACGUCUACGGCGGCGCCCGUCAGCAGUGGUGGGACCACGAUGGGUGCUUUUAUCUCUGUGGGUAUGGGUCAGAGGGUGGGAUUCUUGGCGGCUGUUUGGAUGAUUGCUGUGGCGUUCUUCUGA